UGAAGAAAAGAGAACAAAGAAAUCAGAGAGUAUAAAAUCCCUUGGCUAGUCUGCGCUUAGUCACAGCUAAAGCUCGACAGACAGACGCGCGCGCUCUCUCCUCCUUCUCUCGCGAUCGUUUAGUAAAGUGCCCCGCGCGCAGGUGGUACGUGCGGCUCUGAAUCAGAGGAUGAUGCGAUCUGCACAGCUUCUCGCUGCAGUCUUGUACUGCAUAGUGUGCAUUCAUUCUCUACCGGUUCCAGACGGAAACAGCUACAGGUACAACAAACCUGCUGUGGACUGGCCUCAAAAGACCCAUCACCAUGUUCUCAAAAACAGGAGCCAACUUCAUCAUGUUCAGGAUACUCUGAGUGAAGACUCUGGCAAUAAGAGAGUGCACCCACACUCGGCUCUUCCCAAGAAUAACACUGAGUUCUGGAACAGGCCCCGCUGUGGAGUCCCAGACUACCCCUCAGAGAAAAGAGGGCACGCCCUUCAUUACUCAACCCACAAAGUAGGUUUGCUCGGGGGCCGUCAUCGGCGAAAACGCUUUGAUUUGUUCGGAGGACGCUGGGACAAAACAGACCUCACGUACAAGAUCAUGCGGACCCCUUGGCAGAUGAGUUUAGAGAAAGUCAGACAUGUGCUGCAGAGGGCACUGCAGGCCUGGAGUGACGUCACCCCUCUCACCUUUACUGAGGUCAUCAGCGGCCGGGCGGAUAUCAUGAUUGACUUUAACAGGUACUGGCAUGGAGACAAUCUUCCUUUUGAUGGCCCCGGAGGAAUUCUGGCCCAUGCCUUCUUUCCCCGAACAUACCGGGAGGGAGAAAUUCACUUUGACUAUGAUGAGUCUUGGACAGUGGGCAAUAGUAAGGGUACUGACCUUCUCCAGGUGGCUGCUCAUGAGAUUGGUCAUGUUUUAGGAUUGCAGCACUCCAUGGAACCAGGCGCAGUGAUGUCGCCUUUCUACACCUUCUCCUACCCGCUCCAACUGAGUGAAGAUGACAAGAGAGGCAUACAGUCCCUCUAUGGAUCCAAACAUUCAGAUGAUAGAGGGAUGAAGGAAGAGAGACCUCCCAAAUUCCCAGAGACAAAUGAGAUUGAAAGUGUAGUGCCUGAUGCUUGCCAAACUGACUUUGAUGCUGUAUCCAUGAUCCGAGGCGAGCUGUUUUUCUUUAAGGCGGGUUAUGUGUGGCGGAUCCGUAAUGGUAAACUCCAGGAUGGAUAUCCAGCACUGGCAUCCAGGCACUGGAGAGGAAUCCCAGGCAAAAUUGAUGCUGCUUUUGAGGACAAGUCUGGCAAUAUCUGGUUUUUCCAAGGCCAGAGUUACUGGGUGUUUGACGCAGAGCGGCAGAUCACAGGUCCGGACUCUGUACACCGACUGGGUCUAGCAGUGAACGACAUCCAGGCAGCCCUUAUGUGGGGAGAAGAUAAGGCCCAGAAGAUCUACUUCUUCAAAAAAGGAAGCUACUGGCGAUUCAACCUGAAGGAAAACCGCGUCGACAGCAUCCACCCUCGCAGCAUGAGUGACUGGAGAGGCAUACCGAGUGACAUUGACGCCGCUUUCCAGGACCGAUUCGGCUUUGCCCACUUCAUGAGAGGGAAGCAGUACUGGAAGUUUGACCCAGUGGAAGUGAGGGUGCUGGAGGGAUACCCACGAUAUAUUGGCAUGGAUUUCUUUGGUUGUUCUCCAGCCCUGUAUCGAUGAAUCAUGGGUACAACUAGGCAUAACUAGCAAAUUCAUUGCUAAUUCAUUCAUCUUUUUCACACACCUAGUGCAACUUUUAACAAAGUCCCUUUCAAGGAAAGUCUGUUCGCUCAGCCAUAUUUCCAGUGCCUCUGGGCAGCUAUUUUGGGCAUCCAAGACCUAUCUAUUUGAAUGGGGGAAUCCUGAAAUCUCAAAAACUGCUUGGCAAACUCACAAUUAAAUGUUGUUUCUUAUGCUCAAAUAUAAUUAAAGGUGCCCUAGAAUUAAAUAUUGAAUUUAUAUUGG